AUGGCUGUUGGGCAGGGCGUAGAUGUUUCCAAGAAGCUCAAGGCUGCGAUAAAAGCGAAAUUGGAGGAGCUGGGUGUCUAUGUUGAUGAUGAGCUUCCCGAAUAUAUAAUGGUCAUGAUAGCGAACAAGAAGGAGAAAAAUCAAAUGAAGGACGAUCUUAAUUUAUUUUUGGGAAAAUGCACGAAUAAAUUCGUGGAUUGGCUUUUUGAUCUCUUCGAAAGGCUACAAACCGUCGCAAGCAAAUCUGAUAGCCAGUCAGGUGUUGAAAAGCCUAGCAAGGAAAGCGCCAAGGAGAAAGAUCGCAGAAAGGAUGUGGAAUCUGUCUCACAUGUGGGCACUUCGAAGCGAGACGACCGAAGAGAAGCUAAGACGCAGUCAUCUUCACACCGUCAUGCCGAGUCGGAAUCGAAGAAGCAAAAAGAACGCGAAGAAAGGGCUAGAGAAGCAGAGCAACGAGCUAAAGAAGCUGAACGUCAAGAGAAAAUUCGUGAACAAGAGAAGUUGAAAUCCCGAUCAGAAGUAAGCCGAAGUCGUGAGACCGCCCGACCUACACGGAGAACGAAGGAGCGUAGGUCACGUUCUCGCUCACGUUCACGAACUUGGUCGGACGACGAAUUUGAGCACGAACUUGAAGAGCGCAACAAAAAGGCAAAAUUGAGAUUGGUUCAGGUAGCAUCCUCUGUGAUUGCGCAGCGUGCGCUUGCUGCCAGUCCUGAACCAGUGAAGGUCUCAUCGCAAGUGCACGUCAUGCGUAAAGUCAAAACGGCUACCAGUGAAAUUGAAAAGAAAACAAUGAAAGCGGGAUCGUCGAUGUUCCUGAAAGCAAUGAAUCAAGCAAGCAAAGGUACAGUUCAAAGUCGAGUGUCCAAGUCUCCACUCAAGAAUCGAAUUUCUCGGCCAAAGCUAGUUGCUGUGGAUAGCGAUGAGGAAAAUGAGUGUGAAUCGGAAGUGAUUGUGAGCGAUACAUCUCGUGCCCGCUCGGUCAGCCCUCAAAUCACGGUAACUUUGAAAGGUGCCAAGGAACACAUUGGAUCAAGGGGAACUAGAAAGGCUAAUUUGAAACGUCGCAAGGAGAAGGAUAGUGGAGAUGCUAAGAACGGAGGUGUUGUGGUUGUUCCAGAAAAACGUGGUCGAACCGUAGAAAUUGACAAUGACUUGUCGGAUGACCUUGAAUCUCCUUCCAUCCGUAAGUGGGACGGUCAGAUUCAGUUGGACGAGGAAGAUACGACCGAUGAUGACGAAGCGAAGAUCGAUGCAGUUUUGGCUGACGCUCGUGGUGUUUCUACUUCGAUGGAUGAGGACGGGGAAGUUCCGCCCACACAUCAGCUUAGUCGUGGAAACAGUUGGUCUGGAUAUGCGGGAUCACCUACGCAACAACCAUCUAGAGAAGCGCCGAAUUAUGUUCCCACUCCCCUGUCAAAAGAAGACACCAUAAACUUCCCAACGGUGACCAAGAUUCCAGAACGCUGUCGAUUUUGGCCAGCGUGCAGACAAGGGGAGAAUUGCUCCUACACUCAUCCUACGAAGCAAUGCAUAAACUUCCCGCAUUGUUCAUUCGGCUCUCGUUGUUUGUACAUUCAUCCGCCAUGCCGAUUUGAUAGGAAAUGUGUGAAUCCGAACUGCCCCUAUACUCACGGCAAAAUAUCGGCUGUAGCCGUUCCAACUCCGGCUGUUGUAGCAGUUCAGCAGGUACCACAGCCGGCUCCACCACCAGCACCUGUACCAGCUGUUGAACCGACAAAAGUUCAGCCUGAUGUGCCACUUUCCGCUGAGCCAAAUCCUGUUCCAAGUCUUGCAUCACUCACGCCUUGUUUGUUUGGUAACAAAUGUAAGAAACCGAAUUGCGCUUUCAAGCAUCCAAAGGCGUGCCAUUAUGGCUCUUUGUGCAUGAAUGCGAACUGCUACUUCUACCAUCCACCUCAGCCCAAAGCCGUGUUCGGAGCUGCAGUGACCGCCAAGAAGUUGGCUGUUCCGUACAAGCACUGGUGUUUUGGAAUGGGAUUGUUUCUGUCAGUCGCGUCAUUUCUUAUCCUUUGCGAAUAG